UUCUUAUCACGGCCACGACUUUUGGGUUUGGCAAAAAUAUUUUAGGUUAGAAAUACUUGAUUAGAAAAAUAAAAUGAAUCAAAAUGAAAAUACACACAAUAGCGUCGAAAUAGAUCCCGAUUAUGAGAGCACCAACACAGCUAUUCGGAACGUAGAACUAAAGGAAGAGGAAGAUAAUCAGCUAACAGUAGAUAAGAUUAAGAAACUGUUACAAGAAGAAUUCGACCACGAAUUACAAGAGCGCCAAAAACAACUAGAGGAAAUUGAAGAGAAAAUAUUUAAAGCUAGGAAACUGUUACACGUUGUACGAUACGUACUUAUUUCGUCCUAUUACAAUAACAAAGCCUUAGAACAUGAAAAGGACGGUACAGCUUCUCUGGAGUACUCUAAUAUUUUGUCUGGUCAAAAUAGGAUACAUCCAGCAAUUAAGAAACUGCUAGGAACAAAUGUAAAUAAUUUCAAAUUCUUAGAUGGCCGUACCAAACGUAAAAUACCACCGAAAAAUGAUCAUACCAUCGCCGAAGAACCUGAGGUUAAGAAAAUAAAGUUAGAUGUAGUUAGUGUACCUGAAAAAGUUGAAAUAGCACCACCUGUUAAGGCUGAACCUUCAGUAGUAGAGUCAAAGUUACAAGAAGUAGCGACCCAGCGCAUGAAAGUGCAACACAAGAUUGUUAUAGGAAAUAUUUCCUAUUUUAAAAAGUCAUUGGAACAGGAUAAUUUAACUCACAAAUGGAUGGUGUAUGUUAAAAUAUUUAGAGGCACAAAACAGGGACCUGAAGUCUCUGAAUCGAUGAUAAGUAAAGUGUUUUUUUGUUUGCAUCCUUCCUAUAAGCCUCAUGAUGUUGUAGAAGUCUGCAAUCCGCCUUUCCAUUUAUCUCGAAGGGGUUGGGGAGAAUUUCCUUUGAGGGUGAAGAUAUUUUUUAAAUCACCACGUAAUAAACCAGUUGACAUAAUACAUAAGUUGAAAUUAGACAAGACUUUUACAGAAAGGCAAACAUUAGGGAAUGAAACAAUUGAAACUGUAUUUCUCUAUGACGAUCAUCCUGUAAAAGAAUUGAACAGUAUUAUUAUUCUGCAAGAUAAUAGUGCAGAGUGUUUAAAACAGGAGGCUUCAACCAGUUCGGAACACGAUUAUUGUUAUGAGAGUGUAAAUUCUAACAAAACUGCGGAAGUUAAGCUUAAUAAUAAUAAUAAUAAUGUGAAGGAUCAUUCUUACAGCAUGCCUAGUGCGAAAGACAGCCAGAAAGUUGGUGUAAAAAAGCAAAAAUCCCCAAUAAAACAGCCCUAUAACGAACUGAUUUAUGGUUUGGGGCCCAAUUAUUUGGAUCCAAAUAAGUCAAAAUCGAGAAGAGUUAGGUCAAAAAUUAAUAAUUCUCCAGAAAAGGAUCCGAAAAACGUUUUUAAAGUGUUGAAAACUGUGACCGGACAAUCAAUCAAAUUCCUACCGGAGAGUUUUAGUCAAAUAUUGCUCGGAAAUGGCAACGUUGUAUCCGUUAAAUUUCUCAAACAGCAACCAGCUUCUUCGACGAAUAAUCGACAAAUCGAUGGUCAAAAUAUUGUACGGCACAUGAUCGACCAAGAAAAAUACAUGUUACAGAUUCCCAACCUUCAUUUUAAGUGCAUGGGAGAAGCUUUACCUUACUUGUUUAAAAGAAUACCGUUGUGGGCACAGGAUGCCACAGAUUCGAAGUAUAAAUCCGUGUAUCCUUUUAUGGCAUGUUCGCAGAAAGAAUAUCAAUCGUGGAACGUAGGAAAAAGAUUGUCAUCUGAGUGGUCUAGAGCUAAAGCAAUAAAAAGAAUAUUGUCUAGCGAAACGUAUAGUAAAAAUUGGUCAACAAAAGCCAUUUUUAUGUAUGGUAGGUCGCAUUUGUACACGCCAACGGUGCCAAGUUACAAACUUUUCAGAAAUGAAUCUCCCGAAAAACGGUUAAUUUUGAACUGCUUCGAAUCAGAUACGCAGAAUGGGUAUCCCGAUUUAGCGCCAGUACAAAUCAAGGAAGAGAACGUUAAUAUUAUAUCACCAGAAAAAGUGAUACCUGAACCAAACACGGUACGAAAAAGUUAUGUGGACGGUUCUAACAAAUCCUUAGCACAAGAAUGCGCCUACGUUAAAGAGACGGCCCUAGAUGUGGGAAUAAUACUAAAAAGCGAAGAAUUAGUUCCUGGAGUACUAACAAACGCGUCGGAAAGGGUACUUUUAGAAGCCGUAAAGUGUUUCGCCGAGAAUCUCAUAAGGAGAUCUCAAAAUUUUCUAAUCUGCGAUGGAGACUAUAGAGAAUCCAACGCUGUUAUAACGACUGACGAAGUAAGAAGAGCCUUAGAUGAAAGGAAAGAAUUCCAAACAAUUACAAAGUUCCGAGAAAGCAAAAUGACUAUGGACUUUUUUUCUUAGUUUUCUCAAAAAAAAAAAAAA